UGUAGCGUUAGUGUCGUUUCUGUCAUCGCCUUUCGAAACGUUUAUCGGUAGUCGGCUGUUGACGUACUCCGUACGAGCCGGAAUCGCCGAUUCUUCGUUAUUUUCUACCAAAUAAUACUAUCAACGCGCAGUACAACGCCGAGUCAGUCGUACGUGUCCCAGUGCGUCAACAAUCACAGAAAGAACAGAACCUUUCGAAGUGUCAAACUCGAGUUGAUUCAACCUGGAUCGCACGUCGGAUUGCCGAAGAGGGUGACGAAGACAUGCCACUUCCCCAGGAGCGAAAUAAAUUGAUUUCGAAGGAUUGAGGCCUGCCGGGAAGGAUGGUGCAGUACUGGCUGAACGUGGUCCUCCUCAGGGCGGUCCUUCCGGCUACCUAUGGCGGGGUCGCCAUCUUUAGGCCGGUCGGACUGUCCCUGGCGUACUUGCUGUUGCUGUUGUACUCGCCCCUGGUACCGGUGCCGAACCAGGUGACGAUGGCCGGUCACACGGGACGUUACCUCCUGGCCGGCCUGUGCUUCUCCUUGCUCACUUGCCUCGCCCAGUUCACCUUCCAAGUGGUCCUGCUGGCUAUGCCGCCCUAUGGUCACUUCUUGAAGGACUGCGAGUUCCUGGAGAAGCUCCUUCGCCACGUGGGUCUGAUUCGAAUGGACGGUGUCAACGCCUGGGAGAUCUUCUACUGGCUGAUACCGGACGUUGUCGCCCUCACCGGCAGCUGCGUCGUCUAUUGCCUCUGUCGACGGCUCAAUCGGGCCCCGAAGACCGAGGUCGAGGGCGAGGCUUCGACGUCGAACCGCCGGACGGCCGCCAAGACGGAGGACGGGAACGCCAAGAUAAUCAAGUACCUCGGCACCGCCGGGAACUACGUGACCCUGGGCCUGAUGUGCUGCGCGUCAUCCUUGCACCCGUCGGUCCAGUGCGCCUUCUACUUCCUGGUCUUCAUAGCAGCCGGCACUUGGUGGGCCUUCCACCGCGAGCUGCGCCGCGCCUUCGCGGUGGUCUGCAGGAUCGUCAUGCUCGUCCUCGUGGUGCACAUCGGGGCGCUGCUCGCCUACCAGAACCAGUGGCUCCAGGAGCUUGUGCCCACCGACAACCAGUGGGCUAGGUACUUCGGGCUGAACGCCUACUAUCUAACCAACUGCACCAACGCCAGGGACGUCGACUACGUCGGCGACGCCGGCUGGUCCACCUAUGCUUAUCCUCUGAGCAUUGUUUGCCUCUACUAUGCCCUGGGCCUGCAGUCGCGGUACCUCUUGGGGAGCCAGAAGCCGACCGCAAAGCCGCCCGCUCCGGUCAACGAGAGGACUCCACUGAUGCGCUUUGGGUCGGGGCGAACCGGCCUCCUCCAGGACUCUACGGGAAGCGUCAUAGUCCAAGAAGCUCAGCAUGAUGACAGUAUGCAGCUGCAAUCACUCAGUGAAAGCACGCCGGAAGUCAAGGCGGGCAUCUUCGAGCACGUCGUCAUGGCGAUCUACUCCAUUUUCCAGCUGAUCAUCAACUCGUCCUACCUGGCGACGAAUAUACUCAUGAUGACCUGGAGUAUAAUGUACCACAGCUGGACGACCUUUGCUCUCCUGUUGUGGGCGCUCAUGCUGUGGAUGGUGCCAAACAAAAGGUCCUCCAUGAUGAAGUGCGCCCCGUUCCUCGUGCUUUACUCGACGCUCCUGCUUCUCGUCCAGUACGUCUACAGCAUGGACCUCAUCGAGGACGAAUUGCCAAGUAACGUGCACGGUAUCCCUAUGGCGGAGAUCGGUUUCCUCAAAGCUGACGAACUCAGCCGUUGGCACUUGGUCGUCAAGUGCCUCUUCCUGACCAUGUUCUGGAUCACGAUGAGGCAGUACAUGGCCGAGAGAAAGCAGCUGAGGAGGUCUUCGGCCUUGAGGGACAUGGCCGCACCUUUGCAUGUCUCGGUCUCCACUGCCACAGCUACCAUGAACCACGAUACUUCCGAAAUUAAGAGCAAAUUCAUGAAGGACGUCGGGGUCCUCGUCAAGAAGAUGCUCACCAAAUUCUGGAUCGCCGUCGUAGCCAUCAUGCUCUUUAUCUGCGGUAUUACCGGCGAACGCAUGACUGUCUUCAGGAUCAUCUACAUGUCGCUGUUCCUCCUCUUCGUCAUUACGUUCCAAAUAUCCUGGACGGCCUGGCGGAGGAUGAUGUAUCCAUUUUGGAUAACAGUCAUCGGAUAUUCUGUCAUUAUGUUGAUCCUCGUCUACACUUACCAGUUCAAGAACUUCCCGGCCUACUGGGAGUAUCUGUAUAUAGACAAAGAUCUACAAAUGGACAUUGGCUUGGAGAUUUACGAGACCAAGGAUCUCUUCGUCCGGUUGCUGACGCCGACCUUUUUCGUGAUAAUUACUGUCCUUCAGAUCCACUAUUUCCACGAUGACUUCCUCAAGGUGACGGAUAUUGAUAGAGAAACUAACGAUAGCGACUCCAGACGUGGAAGUCUAGGGUACUCACCCAGUACAAUUCCUAUAGUCUCUCCAUCCGAAGUUGUCGUCGGGGAGACGGAGGACACAACGCCGAUUUAUAACUUGAAACAGCUCAAACGUAUGUCAAGGUUGGAACGAAUUGCACUUUUUGUGAAAUUCAUGGGAUACGUCGUCAGCUUCUACAACUACGUCUGGCUCUUCCUCGAGAUCCACAUCCAGAAAAUCGUCUUCAUCUCCGUAAUACUUCUCUGUAUAAACGACGUCUGUGCCAUCAACUUCUUCUUCGUCCUGGUAACAGUAGUCGCCAUCAACUUUAAGAGGAACAUCCAAGUAGUCACAAUUAAUGCAAUCUCCGCCGCCAUAGCCGUGCUGGUGGUCGCCAAAAUGCUCUAUCAAAUCAAGUACAUCGAUCACAAUAAUUGGAACGUCGUCUGUCAAUGGUCUCCGGCAUCCCAAGGUCCAUUUGCCAGCAACAACACCGUUUAUAACAGUGCCGAAUGGGUGGGCAUGCGAAAAGCUGACCCUGGCAAACUUCCAGUUUUGCUGAAAGGGUACAUAGCAAUAGUCACCGUGACGACCUUCAGGACCAUCAUUGUCGUUCGCCAAUGGUUCCACAGGCAUCAUUUGGGAGAACCCAUGGAUCCUCCCCAAUUGAUGUUCCCUGGUAUAAAGAGAACCCACGCAGACAAAGGAAUUCCGGAGUGCCUCAAGUUCUUCUUCAACUACGGCUUCUACAAGUUCGGCCUCGAGUUUUGCCUCAUGGGCAUCGUUGCCGUCAUCGGGACCAGGCUGGACUUUUAUUCCGUUCUUUAUGGCAUGUGGCUACUCCUCCUCUUCGCUCUGAGACGGAAGACCAUCAGCAACAUCUGGCCAUUCUUCAAGUUCUUUGCAAUCGUCCUGUUUCCGUUACAGUACAGUCUCGUCGUGGGCCCACCGACCUGGUUUUGCAUCGAGUAUCCGUGGGGUGAGUCGGAGAUAAUGCGCAGACUUCAAGAAUGGAUGUACUUCCCAGAUCCGGACUUCCCCCCGAACGCCAGAAAGUUAAUUUGUGAUUUUAUCCUGCUGUUGAUGAUCGUGCGGCAGAGCCUCGUCUUCCGCAUCGAGGAAGUCAGUACCUCGUCAGGAAGAGAAUUCGCCGGCGGGCACAAUUAUUCCGUCUUCUACGACACGGAGAAGCUGAAUUUCGUGAAUCCUGUUAAAGACUACGUGUCGCAGAUACAUAACUGGCUGGAUGUGGUAAAGCGGGGAUCCAUGAUGAGUCUCAUGUGGAUCACUUUGUCGAUCAUGUUCCUAGCCGGUACUAAGAGAACCAAUCUCUUCUCGCUGGGUUAUUUAAUCGGGGCCUUCGUUUUCCUUUGGCAAGGAAGCGACUUUUACCUUCGGCCUAUAAAGACUAUCUUAAAGUGGUGGAACUUUCUGAUUGGCUACAAUGUCACGGUCAUCCUUUUGAAGUCACUUCUGCAAGGAGUGGGAUGUGUGCUCAUCAAGGAGUUGGAGGUAUCGGCUUGCUGGUUGGUCCAACUUCUGGGUAUCGCCUGCCUGAAGAAGUUCAAGAGCUCCGCAACCGACCUCGGCAUCGAAGAAAGUCAAUGCACGGUCCCCCACGAGGACAUCGGCAUGGUCUGGGAUGGUCUAUGCUUCGCUUUUCUGUUGAUGCAGAAGCGGCUCUUCAAGAGCUACUACUUCUAUCAUAUAGUGGACGAAACCAAGGCAAUGAGCAUCCUUGCAUCGCGAGGAGCUGAACUACUCUCGGAGUUGCAUCGCAGGCGCAUAGAGUUUCAGGAGAACAUCGAGAAAAACCUCCUGCAGAAGCUGAAGUUCAAAAUGGACAAGAUCAAGGCGAACCAGCAGAGGAUACAGGGCCCCAGUUACCGAGAUCCGCAGACACACAAAGUCGAUACGCUCUAUCCAGAGUCUCGGCCAUUGUACAGACACCGCGCACCGGUCACCAACAGAGAGGCGAUUAGAUCCGGCGACUAUUACAUGUUCGACGAGCUGGAGGACGACGACGACGUCACCGACCUCAUCCCGGAGAUCGACGACCGGGACGAGCUGGAUCGCCUGAGAAGGCAAGGUCGCAGAAUGACCGUCUCCGAGUUGAUGAGCACCCUGCUAAAGACAGACAUUGAGAUAGCCACGCACGUCGCCCUGUACGGUGGGACGCAAAAGGACGCCCUAAGGCUGCGACGACAGAGCGUCCCGAUGACACGCAAGAAGUCAUCCAUGUCGUAUCUGAGCGCUCGUUCGGAAACGGACGCCGCGGCCACCGACGCACAAGCGCAGACCAGCCUCGAAUCCGUCGACGUCGAGUCUUCCGAGAGAGAGAUGAAGUCGUUGGACCUGACGAAAUCCCAGGAUCAAGAGGAAGACGAAGGACCCGAGCAGGCACCCGAAGAGGGAGAUGCUGCGGACAAUGGAGAGGAGAAAAAAGUGUCCUUAGGCACUUACUUGAAAUUCAUCUGGGCAGUCAUGAACAGCGUCAUGGUUUCCAUGACGAAAUACCUGAACCGCUUCUCCCUCGACUACAGAUACAUCAGGAAGGUCCUCGCUAAGGAGAAAAAGGCUCUCAAGGCCAAGCCGGACUUCAGAAUGGGCAUGAGAUUGGGUAUCAAUCAGAUCUGGCAACCGAUACCGAUGAUGAAGACCAGAUUCUCCAUUCAGGAAGGAAGCUCCGAGGAGGUAACCGAGCAGAGUUCGACGCCAAGUCAGUCGGGCAUUCCAGAGAACAGCUCUAUUUUCGCGAGCGAUUCUCAAGAGCCGCGAGAAGAAGAGGAAGCCGAGCUCUCGGAAGUGGAUCAGCCGCCGAUCAUCCAGUUGGCAGCCUCCAUUUGGUUCGGCAUUCUGGCUCACUCGACCUUACUAUGCUACUUCAUGGUGUUCCUUCACCAGAUCAAGAACGCGUCGAUACUCUCGAUUCCGUUGCCCCUGAUGGUACUGUUCUGGGGAUCCUUGACGAUCCCACGACCAUCGAAGACCUUCUGGGUCACCAUCAUUGCGUAUACCGAGAUCAUCGUGAUAGUCAAGUGCAUCUUCCAACUGGAGUUGAUACCCUGGAAUCAGGAACUUACGUCCAAUCAUCCUCUCUUCGGUCCUCGCAUCAUAGGAGUCGAAAGGAAACCCAACUACGCCCUGUGGGAUCUUCUCCUGCUCCUCAUGAUCUUCUUCCACAGAUUCAUGCUCAAGUCCUUGGGACAGUGGACGACUCCGGCGACGAGUCCCAGGAAGAUCAUCCCGUCGAAGUUGACGAUAGCGAAAACCCGAGUUGACGGGGCCAAUAGAGGGGACGGGGAAUCGAUGCCAAAGUUCCACUGGGACACGGAAACGUCCAGAGCUCCUACCGAUGCCAUUUCCUCGAGAGACAUCCCCGGAAACGCGGAAAGUGAUCCCGAGAGAUCUCGAGGAACUACGAACGAAGAGGAGAGACUCGUCGCUGUACAAGGUGAAGAGGUCGAUCCUUGCGACGAGGAGUUCUCGAAGACUAUGAAUAUGAUGGUCCUGAAAUACCUGGAACCGAUGAGAUCCUUCUUCAGCAAAAUCCUCAGCUCGUUCGGCAAGGAGAAGACCAACGUUUACGCGUACAUGUUCCUCUGCGACUUUUUCAACUUCAUCCUCAUCAUCUUCGGCUUCUCCGCGUUUGGGACUCAACAAGGCGACGGAGGUGUCACGACUUACAUCACCGAGAAUCGCGUGCCGAUGCCGUUCCUUAUGAUGUUGCUCCUCCAGUUCGCCCUGAUUGUCGUAGACAGAGCUCUGUUCCUGAGGAAGUCUAUUCUGGGGAAAUUGAUAUUCCAGUAUUUCCUUAUUAUAGGCAUUCACAGUUGGAUGUUUUUCAUUCUGCCCAGUGUCACUGAAAGACAGUUCAAUGACGUACUUCCACCUCAGAUUUGGUACAUGGUAAAGUGCUUCUACCUUCUCCUCGCGGCUUAUCAGCUGAGGCAUGGCUAUCCAACUCGCAUACUUGGUAACUUCCUCUGCAAGAAGUAUACCAUUGUCAACUACGUACUGUUCAAAGGAUUCAUGCUGAUUCCAUUCUUGUUCGAACUUCGUGCGGUUAUGGACUGGAUCUGGACCGACACUUCGAUGACAAUAAUGGAUUGGUUCAAGAUGGAAGACAUAUUUGCCAGUAUCUAUCAAAUCAAGUGCAUGAGGGGAAUGGAAGCAGACUUUCCACAGCCAAGGGGAGUGAAGAAAUCACAGAUGAGCAAGUACCUCGUAGGUGGAGGUGCACUCUUCUUGAUUAUCGGCCUGAUAUGGUUCCCCUUGCUAUUGUUCGCUCUCGGUGGCACCGUUGGAGUGUCGAAUUUACCAUGGGAGGUGUCGAUGAACAUUCGCAUAGGAUCGUACGAACCUAUCUACGCCAUGUCGGCUCAAGACACCGCGAUUUUCCAAUACACCGAGGAAAACUUCAAAGAUUUGGCGAGUCUGUACGCCCGCGACAGGCCGGCUAUUUCGUUCCUGGAGAACUACGUUAACACCGACGUUGCAGCCGUCAAGCUUAGCGGGUCUUCCAGGAAAUUGUGGGCAAUCUCUCCGCCCGAUAAAGAGAGGCUUAAAUUGGAACUGGAGUCGGACGACAUGGUGACUCUCCACGUGGAAUGGACGGUCUCGAGGAAAACUGAUGCCAAGGAUGCUUCCGGCAUCACUACGACGAAAAGAGACAUAGAUCUGCCUGCAUACGUGAACGGCGAAUUCAACCCCGUAAGAAAGAUCCUUGCCGACUUGCUGACCCCCGGAAACCACUCGACACCGGAUGACGGGAAAAUAGUUGUGGAGAACGUCGUGCCGAAAUUUCUCAAGGUGACCGGUAGAACCACCACGGUGGUGCAACAGUUGAUGCACUCCCCGCUCAUGCCUCCGCCUACGUCACCGGAUGACACCAAGUAUCUCUAUCGAAAUAUCACUUUGCAAUUAUCCCACGAUCCUGUGUGCUGUGCGGAACAACAGUGGUGGGUUGUUAACGAGAAUUGCGAUGAUCUCAUCUACGACCUUCUUUUGAGUAAAGUGCCCCGUAACGACUGUAGAUUUAUCAUGAUGUUCCUAUUCAAUGACAAGGCGUUUCCGGAAGGACUUAGCUUCAUUUCCGGACUUGGGAUUUUGGGUCUUUACACCACGGCUGUAAUUGUCAUCAGCCAAAUGAUGAGAAAAGUGGUGAGUGAGAUGUCGCCGAAGAUCAUGUUCGACGACUUGCCAUACGUUGAUAGGAUUCUGCGGCUUUGUCUGGAUAUUUAUCUGGUGCGAGAAAGUGGCGACUUAUGCCUCGAAGAAGAUCUCUUUGCCAAACUGAUCUUCCUCUAUAGAUCGCCGGAAACACUAAUCAGGUGGACGAGGCCUCCGGAAGUGGGAGAACAAGCUGACGAAGACGACCAAACUACGGAGGCUGCUGGAAGUGGAAUUCGACUGGAGCCACAUGAAAACUGAGUAAUCCCAAUCAUCGAACCAGGUUCUGAACACACAAAAACCAGCUUGAAAAGUUGAGUAACUGGGUCACCGAAUUCUUCUUCAAGGCCGAAUGCAACAGUCUAAGUAGCGUGUAUCCGCUUCCAAUUGUGGAUUUGUCGAAUUAGCAAUUGACUUGAGGCCGCAAUGCAAUGAUUGCAAGCUAUUCGGUUGAAUCCGAAGUAUCUCUCGUCGACAUGCUUUCCCCCCCAUUUUAUACUCUAUUUAUACGUAUACUUUUUAGUGAAGUAUCUCCGUGUUUCACUACACCGCCUUAUAUGAUGCAUUUAAAGUACUAUAUAUUUAUUUCCAGAGUUAGGUGGAAAUUGAAACAACGAAUAAAUCACUUUUGUCAUUUUCCGGUCCUAAUGCAAUAUGGGCGAUAUUUUUAAAGAGAUUACCGAUAUGGAGGGAAAUAAUGCCCACUGUGGAUUUACUCGUUGUAGGGUAAUUUUGCCUGACUCUGUUAAUUCAUAAGAGAUACAGCGCCGCUGGUGGUGUUUUGUAUAUUAUUUCUGCGCGCAUACCCUGACUUGUAAACCAAUGAAAAAUUCGAUGCUCAAAGAAACAUCGAACAUAAGUUUGUACAUAAUAUGUAAAGCGGUAACGUGUACCAGAGGAAGAUACCGCUCAGAAUUGUCUCUGUUUCGGAUUUACUGCCUUCGUGACUUCGACUCUACUGGUCAGUUUACUUGGGACUACUUGCAGGGUGCACGAAGGAGAAUGAAUUAUGAAACAUUGCAGCUAAUAAGAAAGAAAAAUAUACUUUAUUGAAGAAAGACAUUAUGCAUAACUCGAAGAUACAUAUAGCAUUAUCGUU